AUGUCUGAACUUAUUUUCAUCACUGGAGCUACUGGCUUCAUUGGGGCCCAGACUGUGGAGAAUGCGCUGAAGGCUGGAUAUCGCGUCCGACUCAGCGUUCGGAAAGCUGAGCAAGAAGCCGUCGUUAGAAGCCGCUAUCCAGAAUUCCAGGAUCACAUUGAGACAAUUGUGAUUGCCGACUUGUCAAAGCCCGAGUCUUUCAAUACCGCUCUAAAGGAUGUUGACUAUGUUUUUCACAUCGCCUCUCCCAUGCCAAAAGAUGGAGGUGACAUCCAUCUUGAUUAUGUCGAGCCUGCUGUUCAAGCCACUCUAUCUAUCCUGAAAUCCGCUUUGGCUUUCGAGAAGAUCAAGAAGGUUUCCGUUGUGUCGUCAGCCCUAGCGCUUAGCCCGGUUGAUUCCUUAAUUAGAAAGGAUUUCAUCACAGUGAAAGAAAAUAAUGGAGAGGUUUUCCCAGUUGAUCUAUCAGCGAACUUCCCAGAUGGCUUCAUCGGAGGUGCAGUCAAGUAUACAGCCUCCAAAAUCUUGGCUCACCAAGCCACUCGAGACUUCCUGAAAAACAACAAUCCACAAUAUAAGCUCAUUACAAUUCACCCAGUCUUUGUCAUGGGUCACAGUUUGAUCCAGGAUACUGAUAAGGACAUCGGUGGUAUGAAUGCAAUGUUGUGGCUGUCUCUCUUUUCAGAAAAGCCAGCCAUUGGAAACGCAUGGGUCGAUGUUCACGAUGUGGCCGAAGCCCAUAUUAAGGCUUUGACCGCCGAUCUUAAGAGUGGAACUGAGAUUCUCCUCUCGACAUCUGCGCCGUGGGGUGAUGUGGCUUCCUAUGUAAAAGAGAAAUACCCCUCUCUCGGUUGCAAGUUGCAGCCUCCAUUUGAGGGAGGUUGGGACGUUGAAACUCCGACUGCUGAUAAGAUUCUUGGGCUGAAGUGGCGAUCGUAUCAGAGCAUCAUUGACGAUGUUGUGAACCAGCAGUUAUCCCUCAAGGCCAAGUCGUCUGUUUAG